AUGCUCAUCCCCCCAACCGGCGUGGUCCUUCCCGCCAUCACCUCCCUCUCCGACUGCGCGACCUGGAGCAAAGUAGUCGAACCCUACAUCCCGCAACUCUACGCCCUCCCCGGCAACAUAGCCACCCACAUCACCGACCCCUCCGCACUAAAGAACAUCUACGCCUCGACAAACCCCGUAAUCUCCGGCUUCGCCUUCUCCCUCUUCUGCUUCCCCAUCUUCCUCGUCGUCUCGGAGAUCAACAAAAACUACAGCCAAGUCGACCGGGUCUGGAGUAUCCUGCCCACGAUCUACCACAUCCACUAUGCCAUCUGGGCACGAGCCAACGGCCUACCGACGGGGAAAGUGGACUCGGUGCUGACAUUUAGUUUGAUCUGGACGGCGCGACUGACGUACAAUUACUGGCGGAAAGGCGGAUAUAACAUCGGCAGUGAGGACUAUAGAUGGGAAUUGAUCAAAGGCAAGAUCGGGCAACCAUGGUUCUUCCUCCUUAACGUGGUCUUCAUCGCGAGCAUGCAGAGUGUCCUCCUCUUUGCCGUAACAACCCCAACCUACCUCCUCGUCCUCACCUCGCGCCUCAGCGCCCUGCAAACCCCACUCGAACAAGGCAUUGCGACCUUCCUCGCCCGCUUCCUCCUCUGCCUCGUAGCCUUCGAAUGGUUCGCCGACGGCCAACAAUGGACCUACCACGAAGCCAAACACGCCUACCAAGAAACCGCAAAAGUCCACGAAGGCUGGACGCGCGCACAACUCGAUCGCGGGUUCAACACAACGGGUUUGUUCAAAUAUAGUCGCCACCCGAACUUCGCGGCCGAGCAGACCAUCUGGAUCACAUUGUAUAGCUGGGCGGCGUGGGAGACGGGGGUCCCGUGGAACUGGACGGUGGGGGGUGUGAUUUCGUAUGUCCUUGUUUUCGCGGGGAGUACGCCGAUCACGGAGUGGAUUUCUAGUGGGAAGUAUCCUGAGUACUCACUCUAUCAGAAACGGGUGGGUGUGUUCUUGCCAUGGCCUUUUGGGAAGGGGUGGACGGAAGAAGAGGCGGAGAGGGAGGGGCCAAAGCUCGUGGAGCGGAAGAAGCAGAGGGAUGCGAAGAAGAAGCGGUAG